GGAAUAUAUAAUAGUAGUAUUAUUAAUAGUAGAGUAAUUUCACGAAUAAUAUUUAGUUAGUAGAACAUAAAAAUUUAUACAUAUAUAAAUAAUUACAAUUAUUUUCACAUGGGUUGUGGAUUUAGUAAAACGCUAAGCAAUGAUCCUAUUCAAAUUCAUUGUUGUGUUAAUCCAGAAAAUGUAAUAAGUCCUGAUGGUGAAUGUAAUUCACGAAAACAUGAAGUAAUUACACCGCCAAAUAAAAGAGGAUCUACUAAUGAGUUAAUCACACCGAUAAGUACAGAUUAUGAUGAAAAAAUAACAAGUGAAUCAGAAGUCGAUGGAGAAGACGAUGAUGAUGAUGAUCAUGGCGAUGAUUUGAUUGAUGAAGGUUACAUUAAUGAAGAAGAAAUAGGAUUACUUAAAUGCACAGAAUCACCGAUACGUUUAACAACAAAAUCAGACUGUAAUAAAGUAUUGAAGACAAGUCCGUGUAAUGCAGAAAAUAAAAAAGGUUUUAUUUCAUUUGAUAUCAAUUUGAAUGAAUCAGACGAUGUAAUGCUAGAUAGUUUACACACAUGUCCAUUACCCAAACAUUUGAAACGAUUGGAACCGUUAGAUCGUACACCGAAAAUCACUACAGAAAUGUUGAUGGAGAAAUUAGAUAAAGCAGAGGAGAAAAGAAAAAAAGCUCUUGAAAGAUGGAAACAAAAAACAAGGAAAUAUUGUUCAUCUAAUCGUUCUGCACAUCAUAUGGGCGAUAUAUCAAAAGAAGACCGGUCAAUAACCAUUCGAACAGUGAACGAAACAGGGACUUUGAAUACACUGCCAAAUGAAUCACCUAUUAAAAGUGGAAGUUUAAAUAAGUCAAGAGAAGAAAAUUUUGAAAAAGAAAACAAUAUUAAACAAUCAAGUAAGCAAUCACCAAACACAGCUACCUAUUCAAUAACAGUAAAUUCAUCACCUUCAACAACUGGGGCAUCCUCACUAACAACAGCAACACCGACGAUGACAACGACGACAACAACAACACCAACCACACCGGCAACACCAACAGAGAUGAAAGAGAAUAGUCAAAAGAUUAAUCAAAGUAAUAACAGUAGUAGUAAUCUUGAGGAUCGUCUACUCAAACUGUUAUCUGGACAACACUAUAGCACAAAUGUCUCAUUAGAUACUCUGACUGGCUCUUCCAACUGUUUAAAACGACCAAAUUAUAAGUCUUCAUUACUGUCUAGGCAUCUACAUACAAGAAAUUACUAUCUGCAUACACUCAGAGAAGAAGAUAUUGAAGAAGAUCUAGAGGAUGAAGAUGAUGAGGAUGAUAGUGAUGAGGAUACUGACGAUAAUGAUGAUGAACUGAUUGAUGCCUGUGAUAAUGGAUAUGGUGAUAACAGUAGUAGUUGUAGUAGUAGCAGUAAAAAUAUUGAAACAAAACUCCGUAAAACACAGAUAAGUUCAGUGGAAGAAAACUGUCUACAAGCAAAAAAUCGUUUCUUAACAUAUCAAACAGGUAACAAAUAUCAUUACACGCCUAGUGUAAUUAAAAAACGAAAUCGUCCUAAAGGAAGCUGACAAUAAAGAACGAAUAGAUGGACAUUGGAAUAAAUAUUGUAAAAUGCAAAAUGAAAAUGCAAUGCUUUGUAAUUUAUUUUGACAUAAAGUUAACAUGAAGGUGUUAUUGGUUGUACAAAUGUUCUGUGUACCUUUUGCAUUCAUCAGUGAUGAUUAACAAUUCAUUAUUAUUACUAUUGUUCUUGUCGUUACCAUUACAAUUACCAGCCUUGCCAACUAUUAACUUUACAUAAGACAGUUUAUUGAGAGAAUGAUUUUUUUUUCUUUUUUCUUUUCACCUUUAUCCUAUUUUUAUUUUCAUCACAAUUCCAGCGUUUGCAUUUCUUAAAGCUAUUACACAUAAAUACUGUAUAUGUAUAUAAACCAGGAUGUGACAAAGGAAGGUAAACUAACUUUACUGUUUUCUUCUAUCCUUUUUGGUUAUUUUUUA